AUGGAUCCGCCACCGUUCGACCCCUCGUCAUCCGACCACUUACCUCAGUCACUUCCAGUCUCGGGGCUUCAGGGUAUGUCCGAUGCCGAUGUAUCUGGCAACUGGACACCCGAUAACCCAACCGUUGAUUGGGAUGCUUUGAACAAUUUCUGUUUUUGUUCGUCUGAACCCACCAACUUCGACUGGCCUCAGUGGUGUCUCGACUCAAACUUGGAAGGCGAAGGUCAUUCAGUCUUGCAAUCAUCAGGAGCCCCAAACGAAACCCUGCAUUAUUUGCAGACGGGUAUUCCAACCAAUUUUGCUCAACUGCAGAACCUUUCGAAUGUCUCGCAGUGGCUAGAUGGCGCGUGGCGACCUCCAGUGCCCUGCAUACAUUGCCGCAGACACCGGCUACAGUGUCUUAUAAUUCGCACCACAGAUGCAAACCCCAAUCCUGUCACCUCUUGCUCUAGCUGUGUCGCUCUUUUCCGGGAGUGUAGUCUUGCCAAGGGAACAAAGCGGCUUCCAUCCGGCUUCGAGACUUUCUCUCCCGUUCUGGGCCACCUGCAUGGCCUUCCGGAACAAACGGAGGAUAGUGGCAACAAUAUCCUUGAGUCCCUGGAGACAACAAAAGACCGCAGCGGAUCCAAACAAUUUGUGAGAAAAGGAGCUAGGGUGUUGCGGGAGUGGUUCCUAAGGAACCAGGAGUAUCCCUACCCAAAUGAAGACCAAAAAUCCCAGCUCUGCCAUGAAACCGGGUUUUCGCAAAAGCGCAUUUCAACUUGGUUUGCGAAUGCACGCCGACGGCAAAAGCAAAAGAUCCAAACGUCAAACAUCGCAACACCCUUUCGUUUCCGGUCAGGGUCGCCACUUGUCACGAGCACAAUAAGCUCAUUGACACCCAUGGAAAGAUGGCAAGCAUCACCUCCGGAAGAUGAAGUGGCUCCCGAAUCUGCCAUUCAAGAUGCCAUGGCCUCGGGAACCGUCGAGGCCGAUGCAGCCGUGGACCCAUUUCAACUCGAUAUGUCGAGUAUGGAUCUGUUCAAUUUCGACGAAACGUCUUCUCAUCUCGCAUCCUCUGUUUCCAGUUUUGGGAGCAGAGUGUCGGAAAUAUCGGAAAGUGCGUCUUCAGCAUGGAGUCAUCAGUCGGGAGGAGAAGGCGGAUUGUCUUUUCCUAUGCUACCUAAGACACAGCGCUCUCGCCGGCGGGAUCGACAACAUCUAUCAGGAGAGGAAGGUCAAUACCAAUGCACAUUUUGCAUGCAGUCUUUCAGGAAGAGGCAUGACUGGUCACGGCACGAGAAGAGCGUUCAUCUUCAGCUCGAUUCCUGGAUCUGUACGCCGAACCUCGAUGACCUCCAGCAACACUAUGCCUUUCAGGUUGCUGAAUGCUGCUUCUGCGAUACUCCUUUCCCCACGUCGGCACAUUGGGAAGAACACGAGUUUCAUAUCUGUUCUGACAAGCCUACAACUGAGCGUUCUUUUAGUCGGAAAGACUAUUUGUGGCAGCAUCUGCGCAAGUUCCAUGCCUGUACCAAGAUCCCUGUUGACCUCGAUGCAUGGCGUGGAAUAGGUGGCAAUGCCCAAAGUCGUUGUGGCUUCUGCGACUGCUCGCUCUCCACCUGGACAGCGCGGGUGGAACACAUAGCAGAACACUUCAAGAACGGAGCACGCAUGCAACAAUGGGUAGGCGAUUGGGGACUCGAUUCAUCAGCCAUGAGCGUUCUGCGAAAUGCCGUCCUGCCCUCUCAGCGGUCUCUGUCGAGCCCAUCUACAUGA